GAAAACAGCUGGUUGACUCCGGGUCCAACAGCAGUCAAACAGGCAGGGGCAGCCAGCCGCAGUCAUCCUCAUCAACCGCACGCCGAUCUGCGGAUCACGUCUUCCACGGGAUGGAUAACGACAUGGCCGAACCGGACCCAUCCCGUCAGCGCAAUGGUGUCGUGGAAGGGCUUUAUGGAGAAUUCACGGACUCGCUCAAUUCAAAGGUCAGAUAUUCUGUGAGCUUGACUGAGAGUGCUCUCACUAUACAAAAGAUAUCAUCGUCACUUGAACAGGAUGAGGUGGUUUUCCAUUUAGCUGACUGUCUUGGCUGCCGGGCUUAUAAAGUGGAGGACGAAGCGGACGUUGGGGCGUUCUUUACAGCCUAUUUCUACCCGUUCAAGAGGCGAUGGAUAAGCACAGGCAUGGCCCGGCAGAAAGUAGAGCAGUGCUUUCGGGUCGCACUGGUCCAGGACCCUCUCACUAAUCUUCAAGAGGCAGAGAGAUGGGCGCGUGCCAUCAGAGAGGCUUCUAUCCGCCAGAUACCCCGACGACAUGAUGUGAAGUACUAUGAGGUACGGCGGCCCUGCAGGGUCAUGGUUCUGGUGAACCCCCAGAGUGGGCGGGGCCAGGCUCUCCAGCUUUUCUCCGGGCAAAUCGAGCCCAUGCUCACCGAGGCUUCAGUCCCUUACACAUUGGUCAUCACUGAGCACCAGAACCAUGCGAGGGAGCUGGUGAGAGAGACUGAUCUGUCACAGUGGGACGCUCUGGUCAUCCUGUCAGGGGACGGGCUGCUGUUCGAGGUGUUGAAUGGUCUUCUGGAGAGAGAGGACUGGGAGGAGGCCAUCCAGACCCCACUGAGCAUCUUACCAGGGGGCUCGGGCAACGCCCUGGCAGCCUCUGUCCACCACUACACUAAGUCUCCCCCGGUCUGGGGUAAGGAGCUGCUGCUGAGCUGUGGCUUCCUGCUGUGUAAAGGCCUGGUGACUCAGCUGGACCUGGUCUCGGUCCACCUGGCCUCCAGCCAGCGCAUCUUCUCCUUCCUCUCCCUGGCCUGGGGCUUCGUGGCUGACGUCGACAUUGAGAGUGAGAAGUACCGCCUCGUUGGCCCCAUGCGAUUCCUGGUUGGUACGCUGAUGCGCCUGGCCUCCCUCAAGGUAUAUCAGGGUAGGCUGGCAUACCUGCCUGCUCCUCCCUUCACACCCCAGAACUCCUCCCUCUGCUCCUCUCUACCCUGUGGGCCCAACAGCUCCCCCAAUCAGAACUCUCGCCACAACCACAUCACAAACUCCAACCACAGCACAAACUCCAACCACAACAUCGCCCACAACUCCUCCAACAUUGCCAUCACAACCAUGAGGACCGAGCCCCAACCAGUCAACCAGAAGGGGCCUCCUGACUCGCUCCUAGCAGACCUGGAGCAGCCGGUGCCUGAUCAUUGGACAGUAGUGAAUGAGCAAGACUUUGUACUGGUAUUGGCCAUGUUCCAGUCCCAUUUGGCUGAGGACCUGUUUGCCGCCCCUGGGGCCGCAGCAGACGACGGCUUCAUCCACCUGUUGUAUGUGCGUGCAGGCAUCUCCAGGCUAGCUCUGCUCACACUCUUCAUGGCCAUGGAGAAGGGGGGGCACCUGGCUAUUGGCUGCCCACACCUUGUGUAUGAGAGGGUGAAGGCCUUUCGCCUGGAGCCUCUGUCCCCCGAGGGAGCGAUCACUGUGGACGGGGAGAUGGUGGAGUACGGGCCAGUACAGGCCCAGGUUCAUGAAGGAAUCGCCAGGCUCAUCUCAGGCUGAGAAUCUACUCAGAGAGUUUGUCCUCCCCACAGCUCUGACUUCUCGCCCCCUUUCUUACUCUGUCUACUAUAUAUACAAAGUGCCAAAGACAUUAUAUCAGCCUUUGGAAAAUCCCCCCUCUUUUUUUCUACAGAUACAUUCAGUAUCUAUCUCUGUGUCCUGUUGUUUAGAGAUCCCUCCCUUUCCUCUCCAUGCUUCAUUCAGGGUCAAAGCCAUGGAUGUUCUUGCAGCUGGCUGGUCUCAGCUAAGAGUGUGUGUGUAUGACAGUGUGUGUAUGAUAGUGUGUUGUGAGCGGUGUGUUUAGUAGGGAGGGGCCCACUGCUGAGGAGUACCUUGUGUGCUCCGCUGUCUGACUUAAUGAGUGUGACACACGUGAAGAGAAGCACAUUCUUCUGUCCCGCGAGGAUGUGGCAGGCAACCAGCUCUACGUCCGCUAUCUAGCCCUGGGGUAAUCAUUCUGUGGAGGAUGAGACACGGGCCUGACAUGUAGGCCUUCCCCCCUCAGGAUAUACUGUUCGAGUCAUGGGUGUAGGUUCUCUUUGGAGAAGCACAACGUUGGAGAAUGCAGCAUUGUAGACCUCCACCAAUGAUAUUAGGUUACUCUUCUCCCUCUCACCAGUGAAAACCUCUCCUUUACCUCUGUGUUUAAUGGAUGGGGUGGAAGGGGUUAGGUGCUAGUGAGGUCGUGUUAAAGCAGCAUGGAGGUUCAGGAACCUGGCCAGCUGAGGUUACCUUCUUAUAUAUCUCGCCUGUCUACUACCCUGCUGCUGCUGCAGCUCAAACCAACAUGCUUCUUGGACCACCUUCUUCCUGACACAAACACACAGGCUUGACACUCCCUUUCAGAUCUGGAGCACUCAGCAAGGAGGGGGAUGGUCUCGUCUGCUACAUAUGACCCCUUCUAGCUGUGUUAAGGUUGUACUCCCUCCUCCUUCACAAGAUGUUGGAGCCAUCAGCACCUAAUGUGUCCUUAUUCUGAAGCUUUAUGGGUGAAUGAAAAAUACUAGCUGAUGGAACUACUAGCAGUUGAAGAAGAUACAGGACCAUUGUCGAUUUUUAUGAACGGUUUUAUUGUAGAUAAAAUAAUAUAAAUAUUUCUGUUGUUUUCUGUCCAAGCACACACUAAGAAGGGAAACAUGGUUUUGCACUACGCAGCACUGCAUGGGUCAGUUGGUUUUGCACAUUGAUUCGAUCAAUAAGAGUUGGAGCGACCAGGCCAGAGUGCUGCGCUCUCUACUGGGGCCUUUUUCUUGUCGGGGUGGAGAUGAUGAGCAUUAGUGCACUGGAGCAGAGACAAGCGCAAAUGUGAGCAUUAUCAUCAGUUCUACUCGCACCAGUUCAUGUCAGGUCGGGUUCACCCCAGAGAUAUAAUAAUUACUGGUUUAACUAAUCCUAGAGCACACACUUGGUUUGGUUUGGCUCAAAAUGUCAUAUGGGUGGAAGGGUUUUAAUGUACUGUAUAAUGAAUCUAAAAGGAUGCUUAAAAUGACUCUACUUGAAGGUAUGCUGACUGCAGAUGUAACAUUAUCUUCUCCCAUUCUGAUUUCAAUCUUCCAUGUCUGUGCCUGUACCUGACUUUGAUAUGCCUUUAGAUAAAGAAAGGUUUGUUUUAUUUGUCACAUGCACAAGUACAGUGAAAUGCUUAACUUGAAAGCCCUACCCAACAGUGCAGUAGUAUAUAUAUAUAAAAAAGUAUAAUUCAUAAGAAGAAGAAAAACAAGGGGGAAAACACAAGAAAGAAGAAAGAAGAGAGGAAGCUAUAUACAGCGUCAGUGCCAGUACCAAAUGUACAACGUACAGAGAUACUGGAGUAUUGAGGUAGAUAGGAAAAUGUAGGCAGGGAUUAAGAGAAAGGGACUGGAAGCAGGAUAAAUCAUUUGUUAUUAUAAUAUUAAACAUACUGUAUGGUACCUUUUACCCCAUACAUACCUAUCUACCUACCUAAUCCUCAUUUGUCAGGCUCUGCUGGUGGUGUUGACAAGGUCAUAGACCAUGCAUACACAAGUUUAAGCACAUAUCCAAACUGAGAGAUUAGCUAUGCAAAUUCUUUCAAUGUGGCUGGUUCUGGGACACCUCACUGCUCUUUAUGCAGUGGGAGGGGUCCCCCUAGUGGAUUUACCUUAACCAGUCAUUGCAGUUCAAGUGGUGGAAGUUCUGACAUAGUACUUGCACAUUUGUUUCUAUGGUACAACAGUAGUACUGUAUAAAAUCUUAUGAUAGCUCACUUUCAUUAUUUGUAUGUUUGGUUGCAUUGAUUCACUAGAAUACUGGUAUCCAGGUUAUGAAAACAAUUACAAGCCAUUUGAAUUAAACUACAAUCACUUGUCAUAUUGCCAUCUGAAUAUCAAAAACCUCCAUUUGAAUCACUUCAGGUACGGUAGCUCAUGCUAGACUGUGUAUACUGAGUAUCAUCUCUCUUCAGUCGAAUAUAAUCUCUCCUCAACCGAACAGACAAGCGGACAUCCAUUGCUGACCCUAGUGACUGUUAUGUAAUAUGUAUAAAAAACAACUGGUCUCAACACAUCUGAGUGGAGUAAUUGCAAUUGUGUUGAACUACUGUUAUCUUCUCUAUCCUGUACCCUUGGCUGAUAGGGUGGACUGUGGAGUGACUACAUCAUCGUACUGUUAUUAAUAUUCAAAUACUGCUGUAGUCUUCUCAUUGCAUUCAUGUCCUUUUUUAUGUCAUCAUUCCUGUGUAGGAGAGAGAUCUAUAUUUUUCCAGGGUUUCAUUUAGUAAGAACCACAACUAAAUACAUGAAUCAUGCUGUAUCGACUGUCUGAAUUGUAAUAAAAUUCCCAAAUUCUUCAAGAGAA